AUGUGCGGCGCUGUGGGGCACCUCCGGGACAGCUGCAGGGAGAUCCGGUGUCAUCUGUGUUCAGAGAUGGGUCACACGUACCGCACCUGCCCCGAAGCCCAGCACAAUGUAGAGUCCAUCUGGAGUCAGGAGCCGGUGGAGAUGGACUCUGCUGGGUUAGGGGUUCAGGUAGCAUCGUCAUCUACAAGGCCCAUCUCUGGCACAAGGGUUUCCCUGCCCCAGCAACAACCCAUCCUCCCCUCGGUCUCUGUAACAUCUCAGGACCCUGGGAAGGCCACAAGUUCACGUCCCCUCACGAAAAGUGUACGUAGAGACGCACUACCUCCACAGCCAUUAUGGCUCCCCCUAGACCCCCUCCCCCUAGGCCCCCCCCUCCUAAAUUCUCCACGGUGAAGGUUACCCCCACUGAAAAGUCCCCAGAUGCACGUCCCUUAGAUGCACAGUCCCUAGAGUGGAGCACGGUGAAAGGUAAGAAACCCCCCCCCUCCAAGACCUCGACGCUGCCCUCACCCCGGAAGAUCGCCAUACCCCCUGCGGCGAAACCCCCGAAAGGGGGAGACGCCACUUAUAAGGGUGGUGUGGCACGGGCGUCAUCCUCCUCUUCGGGCUUGCAGGAGGCCCCGGUGCCCGUAUCUAACAGGUACGAGGCACUGUCCUCCAGCUGGGCCGACUGUGAGUACGAGGAGGAGAUGGCGAACCUCCCCGAGGGGGUGGCAGGGGUUGAGGUGGGACAGGAGGUGCUUCUGAGAGACGACGGGCCACUGUAUCCCGGAGUCUCAGUGAAGAGGUUCCUCGGUUCCGACACGGAGGAGGAGGGGUACCGCAGAAGGAAGGGAAAGUCUCCUUAUACUUAAUGCCCUUAUGGCGACUUUUCCUGUACUCUCUGUGGCUACGCUUUUUGGUUUACGACCACCUCAGCCGGGCUCCGUACAAUGUCAUCUUGGUAAAGGAGACCCGGCUGGAAACCCUCGCGGCCCUGCACGCUGCAAAGCGGGACUGGAGAUGGGGGCCCUCCUACUUCUCUCUAGCCACAGAGAGAUAUGGGGGAAUUGCCAUCCUAUUUAAGGACGUUGAUGUUAGCAUCAACAGGGUUAUUGAGUUGCAAAAAGGACGGUGUGUGGUUUUAGAUGUCUCAAUGGGCAGGCAACCUUUCAGGAUAAUUAAUAUCUAUGGCCCCCAAUCUAAGUGGGAGAGGAAGCGCCUGUUUAUUGAGAUAGAGCCUUACCUUUAUACAUCCCAGCAAAUCCUGUUUGGCGGUGACUUUAACACCAUAACUAGGCCUCAAGACAGGAGAGACGCCACUCAGAGGCUGGGGUAUGACUCCUAUUUUUUAAAUAAGAUGGUUAGUCAGGCUGGAUUGGUCGAUGUGUACCUUCAUCACACUCCCAAUCCCACGGGUGGGUACACUUAUCACAGAGGUAGCUGUCAGAGUAGGAUAGAUAGGUUUUUCUUUAAGGAGAAUUUCCCGGUGGCGGCACCCGUGCUUACACCGGUGGAGUUCUCCGACCAUCACAUUUUGUCUUGCGAGUUGAACGUCUAUAGUACCCCACCUAAGGGUAGAGGGAUCUGGCGGCUAAAUUCAGACCUCCUGGUGGAACAGAGGGUUCAGCAAGCCUUCAUGGAAUUCUUUCACGAUCAGAUGACAUUGGCCGACUUAGGCCAAACGAAGUCUGAGUGGUGGGAGAUGGUGAAGGCCAGAACUCAACGGCUGUUUCGCAAUCUCGCCCGGAACAUGCAGUCCUCCAGGUACAAGAUGUAUCUGGGCUUGCUUAGGAGGUUAGACAUCCUGAUCUCGCAGGGAGGUGACCCCGAGGACAUUGCGGCAGUUAAAAACCUGAUGAGGAGUUAUCAGUAUGACAGGUACGCCUCCCUUGUAAAAGAGAGGGAUCAUGGGUCAUACCGCUCGCCCGAUCCUUAUCUUAGCUGCAAGCGGAAGGAAGGUACCAAGUCCAUCCCUAGUCUGCGGGGCACCGACGGGACCCUAGAGGAGUCUCCUCGCGGGAUUCUGAAGGUGGUCCGCGACUACUAUAUUGAGCUGCUCGGAAAGGGCAGCCCCCAAUGUAGCGAGGAGGGAAUCUCCCACGGGAGAAGGGUGGAUGACUUCUUGAGCGAGCUCACGCUCCCUGAGCAUAGCGACCUCUCUUUUGACGAGUUGGUCAGCGAGAUCACCAUAGAAGAGGUCACAGAGAGUAUCCAACAGCAGAACAAGUGUAAGUCGCCAGGUCCUGAUGGUCUGACGGCCGAGUUUUACCAACAGUUCUGCGACCUCUUGGCCCCUCAUCUGACCGAGGUGUUUAAUGAGAGCUUGGCUCAAGGAUUAUUGCCACCCUCGAUGAGGACUUCUGCCCUGAUCUUGCUGUCCAAGCCGAACGUGCUCGACACAGCGGAUGUGGGGAACUGGCGCCCCAUAUCCCUGUUAAAUGUCGACAGGAAGGUCCUGGCAAAGAUUUUGAUGAAACGAGUACAGGGCCUAGCGAGGCGUGUCCUAUCCACCUCCCAGUACUGUUCAAUCGAGGGCAGAACUGUCUUUGAUGCCGUUUUCGAAGUCAGGGAAGCCCUCGAGAAGUGCAGGGACGGAGAAAGGGGGAUAUACCUUCUGGCACUUGAUCAGUCCAAAGCUUUUGAUCGAGUAGAUCACCGUUAUCUGUGGUCAGUCUUGCGGAAGUAUGGCUUGCCGGGAAAAUUCGUCAAUUGGAUAAUCACCUUGUACAGAGGGGCCGAAAGCUUCGCUCUUGUGAACGGGUGGAGGGGCAGGACGUUUAGGAUCCGAUCCGGGGUCAGGCAAGGCUGUCCUCUCAGCCCACUCUUGUACGUGUUUGCAGUCGAUCCCUUCAUCCGAAGGGUCGAGGCAGGCACGUUACAGGGAGUGGCCAGGGCUCCGGAGAGGCCUUUACGGGUUGUUGCCUACGCUGAUGACAUCUCCAUAGUGGUCUCCAAUACUCGGGAGGCCACGGAGGUGGAUGAUUUAAUCCUAGCGUAUUCUGCCGCUUCAGCCUCUCGUGUCAACAGGGACAAGAGCGUAGUUUUCUGGUGCGGGAAGGAAGGGGACCAGUUCCCUCUUCCAGACGGUUUCCCGAGGGCCCAGCCUGAAAUUAAGAUCUUGGGGGUGGUGUUCGGACCAGGGGAUCUGGCUCUCAGGAACUGGACCGAACGGCUUGCCAUAGCUUCUAGCAAGGUGGAGGAGAGCCACAGGUGGAAACUGAUGUUCAGAGAACGGGUGAACCUAAUCAAAACCUAUGUUCUGACCGUAUUCGGCUACGUCAGUAACAUCUUCCUUUUGCCCAGGUCCCUCCACGCUCGGAUGUUUGCGCUGUUCUUCCGCAUGUUGUGGGGGAACAGGCUGAACCUCAUCAAAAGAGAGGUCACUUACCUGGCCAGAAAGGACGGGGUCUGGCCAUGGUCAACCCCAUCGUCUUUUUAA